AUGAGUGAACAGGCGAAAACAGAGCCGUCAUGUGGUGAGUACGGCAGGGGUACCCCCUGGUUCCCCCUGAGAAAAUGGUGGCAGUCUAGCCGGCUUUUCAAUCAGGAUGUUGGCCUGCCGCCUUUCCUGGAGCCAUGGGACCCUCGGUGGAUGGAUGUGGACCGGCUCCAGAGGAGUUUGGCAGCCUUCUCCUGGCCAGGGUACAUACCCGCUCCACUGUUUGUGCCCUACAUCUCUGGGUCAAUGCAUCAUCCCAGCCAGAAGAUUAGUAAGGAGCAGUUCAAGUGGAGGGUCAGCCUGGACGUGGCUCAUUUCUCCCCCUCAGAGAUUUCUCUCAGCGUCAGAGACGGAUUCCUGGAGGUCAGAGGGAAACACGAGGAGAGGGCAGACGAGCAUGGAUUUAUUGCCAGAUGUUUCACAAGAAAAUACAGGCUCCCAGCUGAGAUUGAUGCUACCAAAAUUGAAACCACACUUUCCGUCGAUGGUAUCCUGACUGUGGAAGCUCCAGUUCCUGAAACUUCCGUUCCUGCUGCUAUCAUCAUUCCCAUAAAGGUGGAGAUGGAGGUGACAGAAGAAAAAAAGGAGAAAGAAGAAGCCCCUGAUGCAGACCCAGAUAGCCGUGGAGCACCAGAGACUGCAGAUUUUCCAUCUGCAGGGGAUGGAGGGGAAGAGUCUCCACUAGAGGUUCAUGAUGAUCAGGCCCAACCUGACAGCACCACAGCUGAGCUUCAGCAGCAUGAAGAAAGGAGGGAAGAGGAGACCCAUGAGGAGCCAGCUGGAGAGUCCAACCCUUCACUGCCUGCAGAUGGCGAAGGUACAGAGAGUCUUCAAGAUUCUUCGGAGCACCAAGAGACCAUGGAAAGCCAAGAAAGCCCAGAUACAGACACGUCCAAACAGCCGGAACAUAAAGAACCAGCCGUGGAUGAAGAGAUCCAAGUAAUGGCAGACUCAGGGCAGGCUGCAGAGGAGAUCGCCCAGCCCGCGGAGCCAGAGCUGGGCAAGAGUCCACCGAGUGAGGUCCUGAGCCAGGAGCUGGAGGAUCCCGACAAGAAGCAAGAACACACAGAGUAGAAACACACAUAUCUCCAAAAUGUUGCACACACCACAUACUGACAACAACCUGCAUAGCUUGCCUUGCACCAGUUCUCCAGAUGCCUUCUAGUCAAUAGAAAUAAUUGCCAUAUAACCAUGCUGUCUUUGGAGCUCCAAUAAAGCAAUAGCAUGUGAAAAUGUUAAAUAUUAUGUUGGUGUU